GUCUUUAAGAGUUCGUCGCCGCCUUUGCUGCGCGCGCUGCUUGUGCAGUGUGCUGUUGUGAUGGGUGUGCCGCUUUCGCAAAGGUAGUGCUCUCGUCUACUUUGCGUGCGGACAGUGGACAUUACGUAACUUACCAUAUACUACGUUUAUUACUCCGUUUAUAUACCGUUGCCACGUGACGCAGUACGAAGCCCAGCAGACGCGCGCGUCAGAGAGAGAGAGAGCGAGAGGAGAGAGGUACAGAGAGAUGAAGAGAGACAGGGAGAUGCAGAGAGUGACGGCACUCCAAUAACAUGUUAUACCCCAAAGAAGAUAAAGAAACUAAAGUAUUACUUUACGCCUGUCGGAAUUGUGAUUAUAAACAAGUUGCUGAUAGUAAUUGCAUCUAUGUCAACAAAAUUAUGCACGAAAUCGAUGAAUUGACCCAUAUAGUAUCAGAUGUCAUAUCUGAUCCUACUUUACCUCGAACGGAAGAGCAUCCUUGUCCAAAAUGCAACCAUAGAGAAGCCGUGUUCUUUCAGGCUCAAACUCGACGUGCUGAGGAGGAAAUGAGAUUGUAUUAUGUGUGCACAAACACACAUUGCUCUCAUAGAUGGACUGAGUGAAUACGUGUAUUCGUUUCUACAAAUGCUUGUGUAUGUUUUGUUAGAAGAAUUGAAGUAAAGAAAGAGUAUGUUUGUGGCAAAACAGUUGAAACAUUAAUUAUGAAGUAUUUGCAGAAUACUAAGAAAGUAUAUGAAAUAAAGAGAUACAAAGUAUUGUGAAGAAACCUGAAAUUACACAUACAUUCAUAGAUAACAUUCAGGGUAGAUGGAGCAAAGCAAUGUAAAAUUUUUAAAAAAAUCAGUUCCAUUACAUAAAGAAUGUUUGCUGUAAGUUUAGAUUAUUACAUUCUCAAUUUGUCAUCAAUAAAAAAUAAAUUUUAUAUUUGUCAACCUUUGUGCUUUAUUCUGUUGAAAUUACUAUGUAGGCAUUCCAAGCACGGAUCCACAGUGAGCAAAAGGGGAAAAGUUUCUCCUCCCAAAGGUUUUCAGUGACUACUAUUAAUUUUCACAUUUCUUGAAACUUUCAAGCAAAAUACUUUCAUAUGAAUAUUUAAACAAAUAAAAUUGUAUCAUAACAUGAGCUGAAUUAAGAUUGUCAUUCUACAUAAUCAGUAAUGACACACAGACCAAAACAUUUUUAAUAAAAAAAAUGUCCCCUCUCAAAAUUUUUCUCUGGAUCUGACCCUGGGUAUUCUGAUCUUCAUGACCCCAGAAUUGAGGUAGCAUUGCCAGGACAUUGAAACUGAGUUUCAUAGACUGUUACUUCAGGCAUACUUGUCUACCAGAAUGAAAGAAAGUGACAGCUCUGUACUGUAUACAUUUGUCAUUGAAAACUCCAAUAUAUCAAUAGUUUCAUUUUGCAAAGGCAACCCAUGGAUCUGGCUUCUAAAUAAGCAUUUCU